AUGCGGAAUAACUUCACAGGCGUGCACUGCUGUUUUGUAUUAAUAUUGUUACGCAAAUGAAUGUCGAAAUGAGCUGGCAACCCCGAGGUUCAAAUAUCAUAAUAUUCAACGCUCUCGCAGUACUGCCUGAGCAAUCGUUCGGUCAACAUCCAUAAGGAUAUUGAUUUCGUCAUUGAAAGCGUUGCCAGUUGUUUUGUUCCCGAAAGAUCGCCGGCGUUUUAUCUGUUUGUUUGUUUUUUGGUAUUAAUUUGAAAUUAUUUGUGACUAUUUAUUUAAGAUAUUACUACGUGUGUGUGUGUGUGUUUAUAUUGAUAAUAUUGAUAUGGCACCUAAAAAACUUGGACGGGGUCGUGUUUUACACAGCCAAAGCUGUGAAAUUGUGAACAAUAUUAUUAAGUUCAUGAAAAAAGAGGCUGAAGAAGGGAUUAGCAUUCCUUUGACAAAUUACAGUGAUAGAGUAUUGGCUGCUACUGGGGUAUCAAAGAAUACCUACCAGAGAAUUUGCAAAGAAUCUAAGAAAAAGGAUUUGCAAGGACCAAGCUCAUCUGAGGAGAGUGAAGAGGGUUGGGAUGACGAUGAGGCGGCAUCAGAGGAUGAACUAGGGUGUUCAAUCCUUAAAUCGGACAGCUCUGAACAAAAUGACGAUGUGAUGUAA